CAUGUCCUGCAAGGUGUUUCCUGUGAUGUGUUCUGUCUAAUGGCAAAUACUUACUGGGAGAAGUUUUCAUCAUCCAAUAAACCUGUAUAGGCAACUGUUUGUGGAUAAGCAGUGUGAUUUUACAUCAUCAGCAAAACUAGUGAAAGAAAUGGAUUAGAAGUAUUUAAAACAAUAAAUAGUCUAGCUGUGAUAGACAAAAUGUCAAUACAAUAAGUGACCUACCCACCAGAAUUUGCCAUGAACCAUUUGGUUGGACUGCCUGUGGGGGAGGUAAGUGAAGAGCCAGCAAAUGGAGCAGUAAACGAAUCAGUGGAGGCUGACCUGGACCACUCAGAGGUGGAAGAGGAACAGCGGUAUGCAACUCGCUACCCAAGACAUACAAACAGCAGCCAAGGAGGCCUGUCUGGGCAGGAGGAAGAAGGGAUGUUAGCUCGGUCAGCCAGCACUGAGAGUGGUUUCCACAAUCACACGGAUACUGCAGAAGGGGAUGUGAUAGCCACAGUGGAGGACAGUUACGACACAGAAAGAGUUCAGGAAAAUGAGGAUGAGAGCGCAUAUGCUGUGCAGUACAGGCCUGAGUCUGAAGAGUACACAGAGAAUGCUGAGGCUGAGCAUGGUGAGGCCAUUCAUAAUCAGACAUUGCCUAAUCACUUACAUUUCCAUUCCAUUGAACACGAGGAAGCCAUGAAUGCAGCCUACUCGGGUUAUGUCUACACACAUCGGCUCUUCCACCGAGGAGAAGAUGAACAGUAUGCUGAGCCUUAUGCUGACUAUGGACUGCAGGAGCAUGUAUAUGAGGAGAUAGGAGAUACACCAGACCUCGAUGCUAGAGAGGGUAUCCAACAGUAUGAGCGGGAAAGGGAAGAAGCCGAUAAUUACCGUAAGGAGGCACUUGGUGCCCGCCUUCACCAUUAUGAUGAACGGUCUGAUGGAGAGUCUGACAGCCCUGAGAAGGAAGCAGAGUUUGCACCCUACCCAAGAAUGGAUAGUUAUGAACAAGAGGAGGAUAUUGAUCAGAUUGUAGCAGAAGUGAAGCAGAGCAUGAGCUCCCAGAGUUUAGACAAGGCAGCUGAAGACAUGCCAGAGGCAGAGCAGAGUUUGAAGCAUGGUCAUGCUCUUGCUGGUGAUGGGCAUGAAAGUAAUGGCCAUCUCCCAGCUGGUUCUCGAGUUACAUCCAGCUCAGGAGAAUCUGUACAGAGGUACAGUAAGGAAAAGAGAGAUGCAAUUUCAUUGGCCAUCAAGGAUAUUAAAGAGGCUAUUGAGGAAGUGAAGACGAGGACCAUUCGUUCUCCUUAUACCCCUGAUGAACCUAAGGAACCUAUCUGGGUGAUGAGGCAGGACAUCAGUCCAACCAAGGACUCUGACGACCAGAGGCCACUAGAUGGCGAUUCUCCAUCUCCAGAUUCCUCUUCACCUCGGGGUGCUGAAUCAAGUAGGCAACAUCAUCAGGAGGCCUCCACUAAUAAAGAGUCCAGAAAAAGUUUGGCUUCAUUUCCAACCUAUGUUGAAGUUCCUGGACCUUGUGAUCCUGAAGACUUAAUUGAUGGAAUCAUUUUUGCUGCCAAUUACCUUGGCUCAACUCAACUGCUUUCUGAUAAAACUCCCUCCAAGAAUGUGAGAAUGAUGCAGGCUCAGGAAGCUGUCAGCAGGAUCAAGAUGGCCCAGAAAUUAGCCAAAAGCAGGAAGAAGGCUCCAGAAGGUGAAUCUCAACCCAUGACUGAAGUGGACCUCUUCAUUUCUACACAGCGAAUAAAAGUACUGAAUGCAGACACACAGGAAACCAUGAUGGAUCAUCCCCUGCGGACCAUUUCUUACAUUGCAGAUAUAGGAAAUAUAGUUGUUUUGAUGGCUCGUAGGCGAAUGCCGCGGUCUAACUCCCAGGAUAAUGUGGAAGCAUCUCACCCUUCCCAAGAUGGAAAGAGGCAGUACAAAAUGAUUUGCCACGUCUUUGAGUCUGAGGACGCACAGCUGAUUGCACAGUCCAUAGGUCAAGCAUUCAGUGUGGCCUACCAGGAAUUUCUGAGGGCAAACGGAAUCAACCCAGAAGACCUGAGCCAGAAGGAAUAUAGUGACUUGCUCAAUACCCAGGACAUGUACAAUGAUGACCUGAUCCACUUCUCCAAAUCUGAAAAUUGCAAAGAUGUUUACAUUGAAAAGCAAAAAGGAGAAAUCCUAGGUGUGGUAAUUGUGGAGUCUGGCUGGGGAUCCAUUUUGCCUACGGUUAUCAUAGCCAACAUGAUGCAUGGAGGACCAGCAGAGAAGUCUGGGAAGCUGAACAUAGGGGACCAGAUCAUGUCAAUCAAUGGGACCAGUUUGGUUGGUUUACCACUGUCAACAUGUCAGAGCAUUAUAAAGGGUUUGAAAAACCAGGCCCGGGUUAAACUGAACAUAGUUAGGUGUCCUCCAGUAACCACAGUCUUGAUCAGAAGACCAGACCUCAGAUACCAGUUGGGCUUCAGUGUGCAGAAUGGGAUUAUCUGUAGCCUUAUGAGAGGAGGUAUAGCAGAGCGAGGAGGUGUGCGUGUUGGCCAUCGGAUCAUUGAAAUCAAUGGACAGAGUGUUGUAGCAACACCCCAUGAGAAAAUUGUUCAUAUUCUCUCAAAUGCUGUUGGUGAGAUUCAUAUGAAGACUAUGCCAGCUGCCAUGUACAGACUGUUGACUGCGCAGGAGCAACCAGUUUACAUCUAAAGCCUACACCUCACCAUCACAAUGUGCAUGGAGGAUGUUUUUCCUCAUUAGUGCUUGUCUCUCUAGUGCUGCAUUUCUGUGUCUGCAGAGACAUUUCUCAAUCUCUCUCUCUCUCCUUCACAGACACAAAUACACUGUCUCUCUCUCCUCCCUCCCUUUUUCCUCUUCUUGAUACCAUUCACCUGUAUUUUGGGAAGGGGCAUAAUGCAUCUAUGGGACUAUUUUGGUUGCAUCUUUUUAUAAGUGAAACUUUAGUUCCACAUGCAAAACAGGAAAAUAACAGCAGCAUUGCUUACAGCAGGAUUCACAAAGAAGAUUGAUCCUGCUUCAUGCUACAUAAUUAGUCUUAUUUUUGUGGCUAUAAUUUUACAAACUGAGUAAAUUAAACAUUGCUUAAUGAAAUGUCUUUACCAAACAGAUAAAACUGUAGGGUGAAAAGUGUUCUCUUGGAUGUUUUGUGUGCGAUUUUGCUUUUCUUGCCCUAUUUUCCCCCAGGCACUGAGUUCAAUAUUAAAAGUUUAUGCCUGUACAAAAAGUACCAAAAAGAUAGUUUCACCCUCAGAAAGAAUUACCUGAUUAUGAGGACUCAAUAGAUGCUGCUGUUGUAAAAUGGACUGUCCAAAUACACACCUUUAAAUUCCUCUCUGUUUUCAGUUCUUCAUGAUAGUAGGACUCCAAAGGGUACUUUGAGAGUUGUUGAAACAUGUUACACUUGUGUUUACUUAUGCUGAGUCAUUUGAGAGGCAUUUUUUACAGCUGCCUCCUCCUCUCUGCCCCCAGGUUUCUAAUUUGUUUUCUUCUACUUUGUUUUUAUAUGCAACACGUCAUAUAGUCCCUUGCCUAUUUUAGAGGUUAAAGGAGGGGGGGGAGGAUAUUUAAAUAUCUACAAGAGAAAUAAUGAGGGGAUUUCAUGAAGAGCUACACUUUUUCUAGGCUCUUCAUUCAGAAUUUGGUGCACACAACCAUGUGUGCCAGUGUAUAUAGACCUUUUUAAACUUGUGCUUGCUAUUUAUGAAGUUUGAAUAUAAGAGAUCUGCAGACUAUUCUAAGUAAUUUUGCUCUCUGAGCCAGUUUUAACAUAUAUUUUUGUCCAAAGACCUAUCUAAUUUUAUUGACUUUUCUUUAGUUCACUAAAUAGAGAACAGUGGCAGUGGAUGAAGUGGGGAUAAACUUACUUAUUUUGUUAUAUAAUUCAACUUCUGAUUUUUUUUUUUUCCGUAUGUAUAGCACUUAAAGGAGAUGUGUAUACUAUAUGCACUUGUAUGAAGAUGAUAAAUUGUAGGGAUGUAUUAACUCUAGGAUUAGGAUUUAAUUGGCCUGUAACUUGCAUGCUAGAGGCAAAAGGGGGAAAAGGGGUUUGGUUGUUUUUCAAGGGUAGGAGGGAAUAAGCAAUGGCUUGUCUUCCUAGUGAGAGAAGAAUUCUUCUUUCUCCAUAGUUACUUUUUAGCCAGACUAUAUACUGGUAUUUAUGCUGAAAUCAAACCAUGCAUUUAGUCCAGGCUAAUGUGUUGAUUUCUUUUGAAGAAACAGUUUGCUAUAUUGUGACUAUAUUGGAAGGGCUUAGUGAGAUGAAAAUAAGAGCAGGCCACACAUAGCCACAGACCACUUUUGCUUUGCAAAUGUGAACUUGGAUAAUGGUCACUUUUUUCUUAGUUAUUGUGGGGUGGACUGUGCAAUCUAAGUAUUAUUUGCAGUCCAGCAGCAAUGCCUGGACAUUACUAUGGAGAUUCAUAGAAGUGGAUGAGUGUGCUUUUACGUGCAUCUGCACACUUGGUGCAAACACUGCUAAGAGUCAUUGGGCGCUCUUGCCAAAGGUCCAUUUUUGGCUCCCAGAAAUCAUGGAUAUCCAGGGGCUGAUCAGAGGUAGAGAAUAAACUUUAUAUUUCAGUGGGCAGUAAUCUUUAAAAAAAAUAAUGAAGUGGUGCAUAAGCUAUUGUAGCAAGUGAAUAUGUUCUAGUGUUGAGAUUAAUGUACGAUGACUUGAUUUUACUUGCAGUUCUUGUUAUAUGAUUUAAGCCAAAUCUCCAGAACAGCAGAUUGCACAAGAGAGCGGUGUUAGUAUUCCAGGUUAGUACUUACCUCUGCUACCUGACUGAUGCAACUAGAUAGUGAAUGACUUCUGAAUAUAUUGUUUAACUGUAGACAUCUGGUUUAUGACCAUUUGAACAUUUUUCCCAAACUUUCCACAUAUAUAGUAAUAUAUGUAAAUAUGGUAUAUAACCAUGUACAAUUUAGAAGAUUAUAUAGAGUGCAGCCUUGCCAUGAGCUGCCUGAGGAAACUUAGUGAACUCUUUGAAGACACAGUUAUCAUGCUUCUGGUUCCUGCAAUGUUUACACCCUCUGCUUCACUUGUUUGUGUGGUUCUGUCCAGCUCAUGUGGUGAGGUCUUUAACUCGCUUCACUGGGAAAUUAGGAAGAUCUGAAUAUGCAAACAUAUUUAGAGAUUAAGCAACUGUUUCUUUGAAAAUUUACUGCCAAGAUUCUGUGAAGUUGCUGACACUUGAGUGCUUCCACAGUCCAUGAUAAAUCGGUGCUUAACAUUAAGCAGGUGAAAGCUUGCAGGAUCAGAGUCUAGCAAAAAAAAAAAAUCUCAGUUUUUCCAGUUACAGUGUGUGCAUAAGAUUUCUAAACUGGGAGGUCCUUAGUGCAUACACACUUCUGAUAACAGUCUUGUGAACAAUCCCAUUUUACUUUGUAAAGGGAAAGAGUUUCAAGGAAAAGGAGCUUGGAAGAGAAAGCUGAUGGUUCUCUAGACUGUUGCAGGAGUUUCUUAGAUUACAUGUGAAUUUUUGACAGAUUCAAUGGAGCAAACUGCUGGUUUACAUUCCUUCUUAAGGGACAGACCUGAAUUCUUUUUCAACCUUGACACUUCAUACACUCUAAUUAACUCUUCAGUGUUUACAUUAAGGAUGAAACAUCCCUUAUAUUUUUUGUCGGUGAGUUUCACACAUUUGUUUUGGGUCUUGUUUGAAUUUGAGACUCAGUUAGGACUUCCAGGUUUGCUUGCUUUGCUUGUUUUCUAGAUGAAUUGUAUUUCUGAAGACUGCAGUGUGGUUGAGAUCUCUUGCACAUAUUUAGCGCAGUACCUAGGCAAUGAAGUACUAUUGUUCUGUAAAAGAGGGUGAAUAGAAAUUAUUGUAAAGCAUUGGGAGAAGCAUAGUAUUGUAUUUGUAACAAUAUUGUUCUUUGUAAACAUUUAAUGAUCUCUAUAUAUAAAUAUAAAUAUAUAUAUAAAUCUAUGUGAGCCUGGAAUGUUGAUACUGCACAUCUACUGAAUGUAAUUCCUCUGAUGUUCUUUGCCACAGGUCUUUGACCUCUGUAAUGAAGCUGCAGUGGUUUAAUUUGAGAGAGGGGAGGGUAUGGGGGAGAGGAAUGAGCUUUUUGUUUUCGGUGGGCAGGGUGGGGAGUUUCUGGCCAGCUAUUUUGUUGUGAUGUAUUUACUGUGCUACAUUCCUUUAUUUAACUGAGCGCUAAUGUCUGUAAGAUCUGCAACAAUAAAAUACAAAAAAAUACCUCAGACAA